UCCGCCAUUUUCAUGACUCUUCCCUCCGUCUACGCCAUCGCAGACGGCACUGCGCUUUAUAGCCAGCUCCCCAACUGCGCGAAGCCCUGUCACGUGUCCGCGUCUCAGGCUAUUGGGUGUGAUCUUGCAGAUUUGAAAUGUCUAUGUCAAAAGCAGGAGCGGUAUGCUGCGGAGGCUAAGGGAUGUAUCAUGGGGACUUGUUGGAUA